AUGUGUGACAAGCGCAAAGGAGAGGACGACAGCUCAUCUGCGAAAAAGAAAGUGAGGACGUACCGUGAACAAUACAUCGCCAUCGGCUUCACGGAGGGAACGGACAAACGACCCGAGUGUGUGAUUUGUGGAGAGAAGUUGGCUAACGCUAGCCUAAAGCCCAGCAAACUGAAGAGACACCAGGCGACGAGGCAUCCAGAAACCGUUGGGAAGGACCGUGACUUUUUUCUGCGCAAAGAACAGUUGCUCAAGGCUAACAAGCCAAAGGAUAUUAGAGCAGCGUUUAACAAGGCUGGCAGUGAUUUACAGAAAGCUACUGAAGCCUCCUUUGAGUGUUCGCUUUUAAUUGCGAAAGCAAAGAAACCGCACAAUAUUGGCGAGCAGCUCAUCAAACCAGCCUGCAUUAAAAUGGUUGAGAAACCGUGCGGUGCACAGGUGGCGGAGAAACUCAAAUCAGUACCGCUCUCUAACAAUAUAGUGAAAGACCGAAUUGAUAAGAUGUCAAGUAACUGUGAGCAGCAGCUGUCCGAAAGGCUUAGAAAGGGGCCAUUUGCCAUACAACUCGAUGAAACUACAACGGUGGCAGACGAGGCUGUGCUCAUUGUUUAUGUGCAGUAUAUUGAAGACGAAAAUCUGAAGCAGGAUAUUCUUAUGUCAGUCAACCUUACCACCACCACUAGAGGUGAGGAUAUUUUUACUGCAGUGGAUUCUUAUUUCUCGUCCCAAAACCUGUCCUACGAGAAUCUAGUUGCAUGUUGUUCAGAUGGAGCUGCCUCAAUGAUGGGGAAAAACAAAGGAUUUAACAGUCGCUUGAAAGAGAAGGCCCCGCACUGUGUUAUAUUUCAUUGUAUGAUCCAUCGCCAGGCACUAGCCAGCAAAAAACUGUCCGACGACCUCAGUGACACACUCGCAACUGUAGUCAAAGUUGUAAAUUUCAUCAAAGGUCGCCCCACCAACAAGCGCCUCUUUGCACAGUUAUGCGAGGAUGAGUCGCACCAAACGCUCCUCCUGCACACAGAAGUGCGGUGGCUGUCACGAGGCAGAGUGCUUGUGAGCUUUGUGGAACUGCAGGACAAAAUAGAAGAAUUUCUCCAAACUCAUAACCCUGCACUUUCAGAGAAAAUGACAGAGUCAUUCUGGAUCAAAACUGCAUACCUAGCUGACGUCUUCACUCUCUACAAUGAAACAAACAAGCGUCUCCCAGGCGCAGAGGCCAACAUCAUGCAAUGUAAAGAGGCGCUCGACGCAUUCGUGCGUAAACUGGAGUAUAGAGUCGGGAAAAUGGAGAAGGGAGAGCUCCAACAGUUCCCACUACUGCUGAAACAAUGCAGAAACAACCCUGAGACUGUUCCAGUGUCUGUUCGUCGUGAGUUUACGAGCCACAUGAACGCAUUGCAAAAGGAGAUCAAAACACGGUUGGCUGACACAGAGGAGUACGUAUCCAAGGAGUCAUGGGUGUUGGAUCCCUUUGUUGCCAACAUUGAGGAUGUGGAAUACCUUGAUUGCGCAGAUGAACUCACCGACAUCCAGGCCGACUCUGUAGCGAAGAAAUAUUUCCAGGAACACGGAUUCAAGAAGUUCUGGAUUGUGAAGGGAUCCAUCAUUGCUCCGAGGCUCGCACUGCAUGCCACAACCAGGAUUAUUCUCCCGUUCAGCACCACAUGUCUGUCUGAGACAGCGUUUAGCACACUUGUCGCUAUUAAAACAAAGGCGCGCAACAGACUGGACGUGCACAAUGACUUUAGAAUGGCUGUAACUCGCAUUACACCGGACAUUGCAGGCCUGGUAGCGCACAUGCAAGACCAAGGCUGUGUGGGAGCGGACACCGCGGUGGAUUCGAAGUGCACCCAAAAUGGACGCUCGUCGUCAGACACGUCGGCGAAAAGCGUUAGCUCUGCACUAACUUACCGAGACGUUCGCUGGUUCGUUGCCUGCGUUUUAGCUAACACAGGUCUCCGGCUCAGCUCAGUGUGGGACAGCGGUAGCUGA